CCAGCAACCCGCGCGUUUCAGUAACCGCUGCCUGCAGACGAUUGGCAGAUGUUGGCCGCACCUCCGAGCUCUCGGUGUGGGCGGGGCUGGAUGUGGCAUUCAGGGGCUGGCCUCGCUAGCGAGGAACUGCAUGCGCCUUCAGGUGCUGGAGUUGGAUCAUGUGAGUGAGAUCAACCAGGAGGUGGCAGCAGAGGUCUGCAGAGAGGGCCUGAAGGGUCUGGAGAUGCUGGUGCUCUCUUCCACCCCCGUCACUCCCAAAGCCCUGCUCCACUUCAACAGUGUUUGCCGUAACCUGAAGUCCAUCGUGGUUCAGAUUGGAAUUGAAGACUACUUUGAAGACCCCAACAGCCCUGAAGCUAGGAAACUGUUUGAUGAGAUGGUUAACAAGCUGCAG